GGGGCCACCGCCGCCGCCUCCUCCUCCCGGAGCUGCAGUCGCCUCCUCUGCCAGUGGCGUAGCCGACGGGGCGCCGCAGAGCCGGGCUGGACGCGAGCGGGGGGCCAUGGAGAAAGCGGCCCGAGGCGCCCCGCACAGCGACUAGAGCAGGCCGGCUGCGCUGCGGGCGCCAUGGACCGAGCGCCUGCGGACCAGAACAUUAAGCUUUCAGCUGAAGUAGAGCCAUUUAUUCCCCAGAAGAAGAACCCAGACCCGUUUAUGAUCCCAAUGGCCCUCCCAGGUGAUAAUGGAAGUGUCUCUGGAGCAGAACCAACUCCAAUCCCCAGCUACCUGAUUACUUGUUACCCAUUUGUUCAGGAAAACCAGUCCAAUAGACAGUUUCCCUUAUAUAACAGUGAUAUACGAUGGCAACAGCCCAACCCAAAUCCUACUGGACCAUACCUUGCCUACCCCAUAAUAUCUGCUCAGCCACCUGUUUCUACAGAAUAUACAUAUUACCAGCUGAUGCCAGCACCCUGUGCCCAAGUAAUGGGCUUCUAUCAUCCUUUUCCUACACCUUACUCCAACACCUUUCAGGCAGCAAGCACUGUAAAUGCUGUAACCACAGAGUGCACUGAGCGUCCAGAUCAGCUGGGGCAGGCCUUCCCACUGUCCAGUCAUCGGAACAGGAGCAGUAACAGAGGACCGGUAGGACCAAAACAACAGCUCUUACAACAGCAUAUAAAGAGCAAAAGGCCACUGGUGAAAAAUGUAGCUAUUCAGAAAGAAACAAAUGCAGCAGGUCCUGAUAACCGAUCAAAAAUUGUGCUUCUGGUUGAUGCUUCACAGCAAACCGAUUUCCCAUCAGAUAUCGCUAACAAGUCUCUGUCAGAGAGCACUGCCACGAUGCUCUGGAAGUCUAAAGGCAGGAGGAGGAGAGCGUCUCACCCAACUGCGGAGUCCUCUAGUGAGCAGGGGGCUAGUGAGGCCGACAUUGACAGUGACAGUGGUUACUGCAGUCCCAAACACAACAACCAGCCCACCACAGGGGCCGUGAGAAACCCUGACUCCGGGACCACAAGCGUGAGCCAUGUGGAAUCAUCUGUAUGUGCAGGUGGUGUAAAUUGGUCCAAUGUAACUUGCCAGGCAACCCAGAAAAAACCUUGGAUGGAAAAAAAUCAGUCAUUUCCCAGAGGUGGAAGGCAACCUGAACAAAGAAAUAGUUCGCAGGUUGGAUUCAGAUGCCGAGGACACAGCACUUCCUCAGAAAGAAGACAGAAUUUGCAAAAGAGACAAGAUAAUAAGCAUUUAAAUCCUAAUCAGUCUCAUAGAAGUGACCCAAAUUCUGAGUCUUUAUAUUUUGAGGAUGAAGAUGGGUUUCAAGAACUAAAUGAGAAUGGAAAUGCUAAGGAUGAGAAUAUUCAACAGAAACUUUCUUCAAAAGUAUUGGAUGACUUACCUGAAAACUCACCCAUCAACAUAGUUCAGACUCCAAUUCCCAUUACCACUUCCGUUCCUAAACGUGCAAAAAGUCAGAAGAAGAAAGCCUUAGCAGCAGCACUUGCCACAGCUCAAGAAUAUUCAGAAAUAAGUAUGGAGCAAAAAAAACUACAGGAAGCUUUAUCAAAAGCAGCUGGGAAAAAGAACAAAACACCUGUGCAGCUAGAUUUGGGGGACAUGUUAGCUGCCCUGGAAAAACAACAACAAGCAAUGAAAGCACGGCAGAUCACCAACACCAGACCUCUGUCAUACACAGUGGUUACUGCAGCUUCUUUUCACACUAAAGACUCUGCUAACAGAAAACCUUUAACCAAAACUCAGCCUUGUUUGACAUCCUUUAAUUCUUUGGACAUUACUUCCUCUAAAGCAAAAAAAGGAAAAGAGAAGGAAAUUGCAAAAUUAAAACGACCUACAGCACUUAAAAAGGUUAUUUUGAAAGAAAGAGAGGAAAAGAAGGGACGUUUAACUGUGGACCACAACGUUUUGGGAUCUGAGGAAUCAACAGAAAUGCAUUUAGAUUUUAUUGAUGAUUUGCCACAGGAGAUUGCUUCCCAGGAAGAUACUGGACUGAGUAUGCCCAGUGAUACCUCAUUGUCUCCAGCAAGCCAGAACUCUCCGUAUUGUAUGACCCCUGUGUCACAGGGCUCUCCUGCUAGUUCUGGGAUAGGCAGUCCAAUGGCAUCAUCAACAAUAACCAAAAUCCACAGCAAAAGAUUCAGAGAGUAUUGUAAUCAAGUUCUUUGUAAAGAAAUUGAUGAAUGUGUGACUCUUCUUCUCCAAGAGCUUGUCAGUUUCCAGGAACGCAUCUACCAAAAGGAUCCUGUAAGAGCAAAAGCAAGAAGACGGCUGGUUAUGGGUCUACGGGAAGUUACUAAACAUAUGAAGUUAAACAAGAUAAAGUGUGUUAUAAUUUCUCCAAAUUGUGAAAAAAUACAGUCAAAAGGUGGCCUGGACGAAGCACUCUAUAAUGUUAUAGCCAUGGCCCGGGAACAAGAAAUUCCUUUUGUGUUUGCUCUUGGGAGGAAAGCUCUCGGUCGCUGUGUGAACAAGCUGGUUCCUGUAAGUGUGGUGGGAAUCUUCAAUUACUUUGGUGCUGAGAGCCUAUUUAACAAGUUAGUAGAACUCACUGAGGAAGCCAGGAAAGCCUACAAAGACAUGGUUGCAGCAAUGGAGCAGGAGCAGGCAGAGGAGGCCUUAAAGAAUGUGAAGAAGGUACCACACCACAUGGGCCACUCCCGGAACCCCUCCGCAGCAAGCGCCAUUUCCUUCUGCAGUGUUAUUUCUGAACCCAUCUCUGAAGUAAAUGAGAAGGAAUAUGAAACAAAUUGGAGAAACAUGGUAGAAACUUCAGAUGGACUGGAAACAUCAGAAAAUGAGAGAGAGGCGUCUGGUAAGCACAGCACUUCUGAAAAACCCAGUAAGCUUCCAUUUGACCCAGCUACCGUUGGUAAGCAGCCGUUAUUAGUGGCUGCAGGCGGCACUACCUCAGCCACGAACCCUGGGAAGUGUACAGCAAGUGAUAAAGAGGAAGUGAAGCCUGAUGACCUGGAAUGGGCCUCGCAGCAGAGUACAGAGACUGGUUCUUUGGAUGGCAGUUGCCGAGAUCUUCUGAAUUCCUCCAUCACCAGCACCACCAGCACUCUUGUACCUGGCAUGCUUGAGGAAGAAGAUGAUGAAGACGAAGAAGAGGAGGAAGAUUAUACUCAUGAACCCGUAUCAGCAGAAGUGCAGCUCAACAGUAGAAUUGAGUCAUGGGUCUCAGAGACCCAGAGGACUAUGGAAACCCUUCAGCUUGGAAAAACGCUUAAUGGUUCUGAGGAAGACAAUGUGGAGCAGAGUGGAGAAGAAGAAGCAGAAGCAGCUGAGGUUCUGGAGCCAGGGAUGGACAGCGAGGCAUGGACUCCUGACCAGCAGGCCAAUCCUGAGCAGCAGAAGCCUAGCAGCUCCACAAAGAAAGAACACUCUGAUUCUGCUACACCCCAAAAUACGUAACUCAGGAAAUGUCCGCUCUCUGUCUCCAGCUGUGUGAGGUUGCAGUCAUUAUCCUUGAUGCUUCAUCUCAACAUUUUGCACUGUCCAGUAGUUAAUUGUUGCUUAAUUCCCAACAAAUUCUUUGUAGCUUUUAACUGUUUUAUUAUCUGUAGCUUAGCUUUUAUUAGCAUCUAAGUGUCUUUCUAAGAAUUGUGUGAAAAAUCCAGAUUUAUUUCAACUUAUUUUGUAAUGAAAAACAAUGAUUUAAAAAAUGAAGACCAGGUUCUAAAGAAAAUAAAUUUAAAAUAUCUAUUUAAGGUCAUUUUGAGAGCUCAAGAUCAAGGUUUGAAGGGUAAGAACAGUUAUCAAUGUUUGUUUCAAGACUAGAACUCCUCAUUCUUAAUUUGAUCAAAAAGUUGUUUAGACUUAUUUUAAAAAGAACUGGAAGUAGGGUCAGAAAAGUAAUUAACAGGCGAGGGUAACAAGUCAACAAAGUAUAUUAUGUUUAAAAAGUGAUGCAGUUUCUGUUUGGUGAUCAUUGUAACUUAUUAAAGUUGGGAUGGGCUAAAAUAGCUUCCAGAACUUAGGCAAGUGAAGUUACCGUGCCAGAUGAGAGCGGCUGGCCUCAUUUGUGGAAAGUGAUAGGUGUUGUCUGUAAUACUGAACAGUUAGUCACCCAUGAUAGGACCUGCCAGGUUCUGUCUUAUAUUUGCUUCUUACUUACCUCAGGAAUGCUCUUGUACAUAAUCUUAUUUACAUAAAAUUAGGCAGAUUUUGACAGAUGAAUAAUUGUAACUGAUUGUAUGCACUUACAUGUUGACUAUCCAGAAACAAAGAUAUUCUGGUGUGUUCUUUCUUGGCUUCUGUUUCAGGGCCCUCUUGAUUUGAGAUAAGGAUUUUUUUGGCUAUCUAAACUUGUCCUGAGUGCAAAACCAUUUCAUCUUUUUAAAAUACACAUUUCACACCUAGCUUUGAGUACUUUCCAUAUAACAGUGACCAUAGUUACUAACAGAAAGUCAGGGAAAGGAAUUUUGCACAACUUGUGUUCUGAUAAGGCUUAGAAGAGGAAAUUUUAGAAGAAAAGAGAAAGUUCUAAUUGUGCUGAAUCUAUUAGAUGAUUUAGAGUGUACAGACAUGCAGGAAUUAGUUUUUUUAUUCACUAUUAUUUAUCUCUGCCCUUCUCUUGAAGUAUGUGUACUUGCUUGGGAGAAAUUGUACCUGGUGAGCCAAACAUUUUAUUUCCUAGUCAGUCACCACCUGGAUUUUAGUUUAUAUAAUGGUGGAAGAAUUAUAAAUUACCCGUUUUCCAUCUGACCUCUUCCAUUCCCAGCUGGCGCACGUACACACGCAUGCACACACCAGCUUUCCACUGAGAGACGCUCCCAUAAGCAGACACAGACUGAGGAGGGAGGGGUAGUUUCUCUGCCCUGGAUAGAUGGGGCAAGGCUUUGCGUCACAGAGGCAGCAGAGAGGAGUUGGGGAAAUUCCUUACUGUGCUAGUUUUGAUGUUUUAUAAUGCUGGCAUUUAAUUACUGGAGAGAUUAGGCUUAGUUGAUGAAUUGUUAAUUCGUUGUGAUUCACAAUUUGUGAAUCAUAAAACUUUAGGAGCAUUGCUGUAUUGAAAAUGCCAGUCAACUUCAUUAGUGGUGUGCUGAAAAGAGGGCAUUAUUUUACUGACCUGUAGAAACUGUCACUAAUUAUUCAAUACCUAGAAAACAUCAUGUAAGGAAUGAAGCCUCCGAAAUAAUGAUCAUGGAUUUACAUGUGGCGGAUUUUACUGUCUCUACACACUUGGAAGUAUUAAUUUGUUUAAAGAAAUGAUAGAGAUUUUGAACUACUGACAGUCUUAAAAGUGAAUUUAAACUUUUCCUACUUUUUAUGGUGUUAAUUUCCUUUGCUCAAUGUCAGUGAUUCAGAGAACUCUUGAUCUUGAGGUAAUGGCUUUUCAAAGGUUUCUUAUAUUUUGUAUCUAUUCUGAACAUGAAUCGUCAUUUUAGAUUUUUGACAUUUGUAUCAAAAGAGAAGUUGAGGAAAUCUUCAGAACACCAGUGAGAUAAUUUUGCUUUGGACUUUGGAAGUGUGUGAUUAAAUAUUUGGUAAAUGCUCUCACACACAGUACCUCAUCUGCCAGCAAAUCCAAGGGACCAUAAUCUUUUUUAUAUGAAACAGGACAUUUCUAGAGGACAACCCAAGAAUUACUAAAGGAAAUGCUACUAUGCUGAGAAUAUACUUAAAUACAUAUGGAUGUCUUUAUAAUUUGUUUCCCUUAGGUAAAAUUUGGAAUUCGUGUAUAUUGAGUUACAGGCUUAAAAGAAGUGUGAGAAUUAGGAAAGCCUUUUUUUUGUUUGUUUGUUUAAGUUAAUGUGAUUCACUCUUCGGAGACCUAGAAAGAGAUAAAAUGGUAAGAGUAAGGGUUUAUCAGCACAAGAAAUAGAAACAGUGAUUUUUUUUUUUUUUUGUAAUGUGUAGAAGUUGUUUAACAGGCACUGAUUAAUGUUAGAUUUCUAUUGUAGUACAUAGCAUAUAAAUGACAGUGUGGAUUACACUCCCUAAAUUACAUUUCUGCUUCAGCAGAUUUGUUUGCUAUGAAGAUUACUUCUUAAAAGACAAAUGUUCAUGAUAGCUUAAUUUUUGGUUUGAAUAUGUUUGUAAAUGAUGUAAUAUAAUUUCUUUUGACUAAACAGCAAAAAAAUAACAUGUGUUACACAUGGAAAAGUUUUUACAGGCUUUAACAGAAAGUCAUUUUUGAAGAGAUGGUUAUUUUAUAUGCUUCCAG